AUGAAUCCUGUUAAUGCAACCGCUCUGUAUGUAUCUGUCAGCCGGGCCGUGCUGCAGUGCGACCCGCGGCAGCCUCACACCUUCUCAGAUAUGUACACGCUUCUGCCCUUCUUCCGACAGUCUCUUGCAUGUCUAGUCUGCGGUAAAUUGCUCCAGGAUCCAAUUUCCUCAACACACCCAGAGUGUCAGCAUAAUGUGUGCUUGGGCUGUAAAGGCCAGAAGAUGCAGAUGAGGCCAUCAUGCAGCCGCUGUAAGGACUAUACCUGCUUCAAGGAGAACAAGCAACUCUCUUUACUUGUGAAGUGUUACAGGAGGCUCUGCCUCUACGUAAUUCAUUCACCUUUGCUGCAGUCAAUCAGCAGCCACGUGGGAGGGUCCACAGAGGUUAUGGCCUUGCUAGAGGAGGUGCUAAUGUCACACAAAGAGGAUACAGAGACGGAGGACCCUUGUCGAGCACAAGAGGAUGUGAAUCUGUCUGCUCCUGAGUCCCUAACCCCCACAGAGGCACCACCUGCUCCUGCGGAGCUCUCAGCUGUUCCCCAGAGCUCCUCCUCUGACCCUCCCUGUUUCAAUGGACCACAGGAAUGCAACGGAGAAACGUUUGAGGAUCUUGAUCCCUCUUCCCCGGAGCUGGAAGUAUGUGAGCUUAUAGAGGAGCAGCAACCUACAGACCUUUCUGUAUCAGAUACUGCUUGUGGGGGUUUGGAGCUGAGUCUGACCACUGGACGUUUAGCCCCAACACCAGGCACCGUGUGCUCACUCAGGGAUGGGGAAUCUAGUAGCAGGGAGUUGGAGGAGGGGGAAGUGUUGCUCCUCAGUGUAGAGGAGGUGUUGCAGACUUUGGAUCCCCUUCAGCCAGGUCGAGACUCUCUUCAUAUGCUCCCAGAAAGGACACAUUCUCACACACACAUAGCCACGGACAGAGCACACACUCAAAUGUACAUACAUUUGGAUGCAGCCCACAACUACACUCAGAUCCAAACCGGCAGGACUAACCUACACACAUCCUCCUAUGAUCCUCCUCCAACCUCCAAGCCCCUGCCAGUCCGCCUUAACCGCAAGCGAUCUCGAUCAGAGAGUGACAGGGAAAAGGUGAAACCUCUCCCCAUCACCUCUAUCCUCCAGGGCUCCUCCUCAAAUUCACACACUCCAAACCCCUCUCACACCCUGCAUACGAAAUUACCCACACCUUCCCUAACUGUACCAGCACACACGUACUCAUCACUUCCGAAUGGGGCACUGCCCAAGCCCAACCGCCCUGCACAGAACCACAAUAAAGGGGCAAAGAAGCACGUGGACCAGAACCCUAAGAAGCCCCACGCCAAAGCCCGCAGCGGCGGAGGCUCCAAGACCAAGGACAGAAGCAAAGACCAGCGGCCGGUGUCCGGCUGCCCGGUGCCCGCAGCACCUGUCCGACCUCCGUAUAAAAAACCAGUGGAGAAGAAGGGCUGUAAAUGUGGGAGAGCCACUCAGAACCCAUCUGUGUUGACCUGCAGGGGGCAGCGUUGUCCUUGUUAUUCAAACCGCAAGGCAUGUUUGGACUGUAUCUGUCGAGGUUGCCAGAACUCCUACAUGGCCAACGGGGAAAAGAAGCUUGAGGCCUUCGCUGUGCCAGAGAAGGCCUUAGAACAGACACGGCUCACUCUUGGCAUCAAUCUGACCAGUAUCACAGCGGCUGCUGCUCUCCGUAACCCGGCAACCACCAGCAUCCGGGCUAACACUCUCCUCAACGUCGCCACAGCAACGGGGACGCCCGUAACCACGGCUUUCUUGUCCCCCAGCCCCCCACAAGAUCCCAACUAUGACGACAGCCUGGAGCUGCUGAUUGGAUGA